AUGGUAACAGUGAAGUGGGCAUGCAAUGUGUUACUGGAGGACAUAAGAGCUAAUAAUGACAUCCCAGGUAAGGCAUUGAAUGAGAUUUUGUGGUCCAGAUAUGGUGUUGAGAUGGCACAACCAGGCUUGUAUAGGGUGAGGAACAUGGCUUUGAGUAUCAUUAAUGAUGGGAAUGAUACAUCAUACAGUGCAUUGCCAUCUUACUGUGAUGUUAUCAAAUCAAUAAACAAUGAUAGACCCCUAGUAUUUAUGAGCAUUUUCGUAUCUUUCAAGGCUUUUCUGGAUAGCCUUUUUUCUGGUUGUAGGAGUCUUAUUGGAGUGGAUGGGGCUCAUUUAAAGAGUAAUUAUGGUGGUGUUUUGUUAUCUGCAAUUGCCCUUGAUGGCAACAAUGAAAUGUUUCCAGUGGCACGGGGUAUUGUUUCAUGUAAAGAUGAAGAGAGUUGGAAGCUGAAGGGAAUUGACAAGGCUCUCAAUGAUUUGUGGCCUAAGGUGCAAAGAAGGUAUUGUUGCAAACACCUUAGUGCCAACUGGAAGAAGCCUUUUCCUAGACCUAAGUUAUGGCAACUGUUUUUGCUAGCAUGUGGGGCUUUCUCAACCUUCACAUUUGCAAAGGCCAUGAAUGAAAUUGUGAAAAACAACCCUGAGGCUAGGAAAUGGCUUGCUAACAUGGGUCCACAGGAGAGAUGGACAAAACAUAAAUUCGAUCCUGAACUGAAGUGUGACAUUAACAAGAAAAAUUUUGUGAAAAGUUUCAAUGGAACCCUAGGAACUGACAGGUGCAAGCCAGUGUUAACUAUGUUAGAGGGAAUUAGGAGAGUCACAAUGGUUAGGUUAGCUGCAAGGAGGCAGAAGUGUGAAGAUUGGGAGAGGCUUUGUCCAAAUGUUGUGAAGAGAGUUCAAGUAUUGUGCAAUGUGAGUAGGUCUUACAGGGCUUUCAUGUCUAGUCUAGGGGAGCAUGCAAUGAGAGCUAUUCUUCAUGAAGGUCUUGAUCCACAAUCAUUUGUUCAUGAAUUGUAUUCAUUGGAGAAAUAUAAGUUGGCCUAUGGUCACAACAUUAAACCUAUCCCUGACCAAGAUAAGUGGCUAGCUUACAUAGAUAGAAACGAUUUCUACGCUUACAAUCUUACUUUACAAUGGAAAGAACAAACAACAGUAAGUAGAACAUUACAACAAAUUUCAUGA